UGUGAUUCGUUUGUUGUCGUUGAUUCUCUGGACGACUGUGAAAUGACAUUUUGUAGAAUAGAAAUUGUAAAUCAAACGACUGUGAUGUGAUUUGUUGUUUAGUUACAUAAAAAUAAAAAGUGUUAAUUUAAUAAACGCAAUAAAUUUGUUACAGUGAUGAACUUAUACAAUGUAUAAUAACAACACGUUCCUUUCCUUAACCGUAGCAAUAACUUAUACUCGAACCUAAAGUAAGAACCAUAAUGGACGAAAAGAGGGUCGCGGAUUAUUUUGUGGUUGCUGGAUUACCAGACAACCCAGAAUUGCUGGAAGAUUCUGAUUCUGGACAUCUCAAAGGGUACAAUACUAAAGCACCCAUUACUGACAUUGGUGUGUUGUUUCCGGGUCUCGGCGAGACAGUGCCCAAUGGCUAUGAAUUACUUGAGCUGACACCUUCUGGAUUACCGGCGGAUUUGAACCAUGGAUCUAUGCGGUCGCCGGAAUGCUUUCUUUGUAUACGACGGGGGAGGGAUCGACCGCCACUCGUCGAUAUUGGUGUCAUGUACGAGGGCAAAGAACGUCUAAUGGCCGAUGCCGAGAUGGUCCUCAAGUCUGUCGGCGGUCGACUGGCCAACGUCAACAACUCGUCAGCGAAGACGUACAUAACGUACCGGCGAGCGCAUCCCACCGCUCCGUGCAACGCCCUCGUAGUCGUCGACGUGUGUGUUAUAGUGGCCAGUAAAGGGGAGUGUCCACCGCACGCUUUCUGUAUGAUCGCCAAGAAUUUGAAUAAAGGUUUAAUGGGCAGUGAUGUGUACCUCUGUUACAAAAAGUCAAUGAACCGUCCACCGCUAAUAGCUUACAAACCAGAAGUACUCUUUAGGUAUCCGACGAUUGACCGUCGAAGUUUGGCCUUCCCUUCGUCCGUACCGCUGUUCUGUUUACCGAUGGGCGCAACUCUCGAGCUAUGGCCGAACAUAGCGUCGCAGCCCAAACCGGUGUUUUCAACAUUCGUACUCACGGUGGCUGAUGCUACCGACAAGGUGUACGGCUCAGCGGUAACCUUCUAUGAGAGUUUCCCACACACCCAACUGACGGAAUACCAGGCCGAGACACUGGGCUGGCGUACCGGAGUGUCCCACACGUCACACUCAGUGCACGCAAACAAGUGUAUCUGUUUACUGUCUAGGUGGCCCUUCAGUGACACUUUCGAGAGAUGGUUGCUCUAUAUACUAGAAAUGUCAUGGAGUAAACAACCGCUUAGUAUACCAAUUGAAAGGUAUAUUGUGCACUUAUUAGAAGAAGUUCCGUUUCCAGAACCAAGAAUAUUACUGCAGCUCUCCCCUACAAAUCCACAAGACCGAGUGAUAGUGACACGUUGCGAUGAUCAGCCACUGGUGAGGAGUGGGGCUGGUUUCAGGCAGUUACUACUCAAUUUGGGACCAGACAACUGUUUAUCGUUGCUAGCUUUAGCCAUCACAGAGCAGAAGAUACUCAUACAUUCUCUCAGGCCAGACACACUAACAGCCGUUUCGGAAGCAGUAUCAAGUCUUUUGUUUCCAUUCAAAUGGCAAUGUCCGUACAUACCUCUUUGUCCUUUAGGUUUAGCUGAAGUACUACACGCUCCGUUGCCAUACUUAAUAGGGGUGGAUUCGAGAUUUUUCGAUCUCUUCGAACCCCCACCUGAUGUGACGUGUGUCGAUUUGGAUACUAAUAAUAUUACUAUAUGUGAGUCGCUGCGUGAAAUUAUAUCGACUAAAAUGUUACCGAAGCGGCAAGCAAAAGCUUUAAGAAAUACUCUAGAAUCGCUUUAUGGAAAUAUUAGACCCGCAUCCCCAGUACACCAUUCAACUGAUAGUAAAUACAAUGGAGAACCAACGACGAGUUUAGAUAGAGAUUUUCAAAGGAGAAGAAAAGAGCAAGCCCUAGAACUGAAAAUACAAGAGGCAUUUCUUCGAUUCAUGGCGUGCACGUUACAAGGUUAUCGAAGCUAUCUCAUUCCCAUAACGAAAGCGCCUACAGUCGGCACUACAGAUCCACACGCGUUGUUCCAUAUGGAUGCGUUUUUGAGCUCCAGAGACAAGACGCAGCGCGGUUUCUUCGCGUUAAUGAUGCGAACGCAAAUGUUCACUCGUUUCAUCGAGGAGCGAUCGUUCGUAUGCGACGUGGACCAAGGGCUAACGUUUUUCGACGAAUGCAUCGAACGUGUCGCGACUUCCGCUGACGGGCCGCUGCUCGGCUGCGAUGCACCGGUGUCUGACCGGACCGUGUUCGUCCUACCGCCGGAUCCACCCGACCCUGAAGAAACAUAUAUAUACGAGAAGUUGGAUUUGGACUCGGCGCUGGUGGCGAAGUGUCGCAACCGCAGCCGCAGUGGCGCCGUACAGCUUCUGCCUGCAGCUGCACUUGCGUCAGCUGAGUCACUGGCUGAUGCUUCGCCUAUGGCUCGUCGCACCAAGCACGAGAUCGCCGCCGCACAGAGAUUAGCACGUAAAGCCAACUUAUCACCAGAGUCGUGGGCCAAAUGCUUACUGGGUGCCUGCUAUUCCCUAUAUUUCUUAACACUACCAUGCCGAUUGAUGCUCUGUCGAGGUAAAGAACACGCGACCUUAAGGUCCGCUUACGAGUUGCUCGAGCGAGCUACCAAACUUAAGGUGCCGUGUGAUGAGGUGUGCUACCGCGUGAUGAUGCAAUUAUGUGGUAUCCACUCUUUGCCCGUCCUCGCCGUGCAACUCCUGUUUCUAAUGAAGCGCGCCGGUCUGCAGCCCAACGCUCUCACCUAUGGUUACUACAACCGAUGCGUGCUGGAAGCUGCCUGGCCUCAAGACAUGCCUAGUGGAUCUCAGUUAUUGUGGAACAAACUUCGCAUAGCCGUGAUGGGUGCCGCCCUAUUCCGCAAAGCGGGCGCGCAACGUGCCAGCCGUGUUGCAGCCGCCACCGCUGGUAGCUCCACUGCCGCUGCCACCACCACCACCACCACUACCACUACCACCCUCACAACAGGGGCUGGUGAGAGCGGUACGCUGCCACGUGUACGGUCUGCGGCGACGGUAACCGAUGGAGGGGAGGGUGCUAGUGGAAGUGGAGGUGGACUGGCUGCCAGCCGCACCAGUCUAGACUCUGCGGGUCGUCGUUCGAGUGCGUGGGAGGCGCUGUGCCGCCGAGCGACUAUAGUGCGGGCCGCACCGGCACGCCCUCUAGCGCCCGCGCUUUCGGCGGCCGCAGGGAUCCUCAUAUCCGGUCUACCAUCUAACCCUGACCUUAGUGAGAAAACUAGACUGCGAAGUAAUUCAUUAGGAAAUGACGAUUUGACAAGUCCAUCGCCACUAAAAAUGACUGAAAAAAGACAGACGAUACAUGUUAGUCCGGAUAGUCCGACAGAUCUAAGGAUUCUAACCAGAUCAGAGAGUUUCGCUGGUGAUGCACAGAUUAUACAAAAUCUACAGAGGCUGUCAUUCAAUAGUGGUGGUACUACAAGUAAUAAAUCCCGGUGUAGUCGAACUCUGAGUUUCCCAGAGGAACCGGAUAAAGAGGCAGCCGCCACUGACUCCUUAGAAAAAGCUAAGGACUCCCCAUUAAAAGUGUCACCCCGUACACCGGUGCUCUCAGACGAUCCUUUGGGAGCCCUAAACCUAGACGCCGUGUCACCGGUGGCGCCCCCCACGGUGACGGACGAGUCGCCUCCACCCGCGCCACGCCACGAGUACAGUGUCAGCCCCAAGCUAUUCCAUCGCCGCUCCUCGUUCCAGGACGACCCGCCUGAACCGCAAGGGAAACUGCACAGAAGUGAGACGGCGCCGGGCGGCACGGUGUCUUCUAGUCUCGCGACGCUCGGUAAUACACUCAAGAUUAGCUUCGGACGCUAUUCGCCAGCCAGACUGUCCUUGCGAAAGGAAAACAUGAAACUCGGGAAAGCAAUGAUCGAGACAUACUUCAGUCCCUCGAGUAUAGCGGGAAAGAAGUCCAAUGAACUCCUACAAAGUGGACUGAGUAGCCUCAAAUCGGCAGCCACAAGUAUUGGCAAGAAAUUCGACGAGAUGAAAGAAGUUAUAUCUGCUAACUCGACACCGGUGAAAGGCGCAUUUGGUAAUGCCACCAGUGCGUUGAGCAGUCUGAUAGCUGAGGAAGAUUCAACGGAUGGCUCAUCAGAAAUUAAUCCUGAUGAAUGGAUUGGCGGCACGUCAUUCCAACGCGCGUCGAGCGACGCAGAGCUUGCGUGCGCGAUGGAACGUGGCUCGCUCGCCACACUUCUCUCACAUCUGCCCGACAACCUUUAUCCCACACACAACGAACAAAAUACUGGUCCGGCGAGUGUGGUGGUCCACAUGUCGUCGUGUUCGCAGUGCCACCAAUGCCUGGCGUUACUCUACGACGAGGACAUCAUGGCGGGCUGGGCGGCCGACGACUCCAACCUCAACACGCGCUGCACCGCGUGCGGGCAACACACCGUGCCGCUACUAGCUGUACAGAUAAUCCGAACCAAUCAAACACAAGCCGAAGUAUUGAACGUGCCUUAUUUAAAUCCUCUAGUGCUGAGGAAAGAGUUUGAAUCUAUUUUAGGUAGAGAAGGAGAUUCGUGUCUCGCGGAACCCGAAUUCGUGGAAUCGCAUCCGAUAGUAUACUGGAAUUUAGUAUGGUUCUUAGAACGUGCCAAUAUAGAGAACCAUUUACCGGACCUAUUGUGUCCGGACUUCCAAGCCAAGUAUCAGAGUUCGGACGCUCUGUCAGAAGUCGAGAAAUCUGGAUGCAGCGUCCGGUGCAGUUGGGACGUAAGCCGGCUGCACGGUGAAGCGGGCGCAGCGCUGUAUCGAGCGUGGCGCGCGCGCCGCACGCACACGCAGCGCUCGAGAGCGCUUCAAGCGCUGCUGCUUACAGAGCAUCACGCCGCCGCCACGCACUCCGUGGCACUGACAGUGCUUAAUGGUCUGCUAAGCAACGACCUGUCGGAAGCACUGCGCAAACUCGCGAGAUGGCGGGAGACAACUUCUGAGAACAAACGCUAUCACUCGUAUUACAGAGAUAUCCUGUUCCUCGCAAUGGCAGCACUAGGCGAGUACAACAUAGAUCUGGUGGCGUUACAACGCGAGUACACACGCGCACUAGAACAACUUGGAGACGAGGCGCGACCACAGGAUCAGCCGCCAUCGCCCACCGCAGUCUGCUGCAGGCACUACUUCAAACGUCUCGCGCUCGCAUUCGAGGAAUGAUAUUUACUUCCCAUUUAGAAUUACGCAUCAAGCGCGUUAUCGAAAUGAUAAUGUGCGACGCAACCACAUCGUUUGUCUGGUCCUCAAGAUGGGACACCUGUGUUAUGAGAAAUUGGGCAACGAAUCUGUAGGUACUGAAGGUACCCCAGGACAUCCAGAUCAGAGAUAGUGUAAAAAUUCAUUUUCUACAUUCUCAGACUGAGAAUCGAUCCCAGGACUUUGCGCACAGCAACAUGCUUAGUAUACCACUACGUCUCUGACACAAUUGGUUAAAAUACGAGUUAUCAUUGUUGUAAUAUAAUAUGCUUGCAAUGCUUUAGACUCUUAAAAAAACACACACACACAAUUGCUGUUACAAAUGUAUUAGUUUUGAGUCAAGGUGGAAAAAUAACUAUAAUUUUGAUAAGUAGCGUCCAAUCAAACACUUAUACGUACCAAAACUAUUGUUUAUAGCAAAUUUCGCAAAGAAUUUCGGAUAAAAAAAUCACUUUUUUUUAGUAUCCGUGAGUGUAACUAAUUCGAUUUCAAAAGCGUUUUGUAUACUUGUUUUUUGGCUAUGCAAUGACUUCUCUCUCCAUAUGAGGAAUAGUCCAUUAUUAUGACGCUAUGGAAUAGCUUUAGUAUAUUUCUGAUUUCCUUCGUCUUGCACUGGUGUAUUACGUUUUCCUAGGCACUUAUAUAAUUAUGAAUUAUGAUAUUCUGAGAAUGAAGAGUGGUGGUGACACGACAUAUUCACUCAGCAGGUAUUUACUUAAUACAAUGUUUUAAUGACGGUAUAUACAGGGUGUAAGGGACAGGUCGACAAAAACUGAAACAGUGAAUUUAGGCCUCUAUUUUAAACUGAAAACCUAACCUAAACUGGAAAUUCUUUCAGGAAAAUUUCAACAUUUUUUCGUGUUUAUUUUUCAUUUAAAAUUAUGUAAUGUAUGAUAUUAUGUCAUAGAAUAAAGAAAUAAUAUUUUAUAGUGAAAUACUAUGAGAUACCUAUUAACAGCAAUGUAAUAAACGUAUUAAAAUAUCGCCGCGAAUCAGUUGUGUAAUCAAAAUUACCUACGAAGAAACCCUUUGAGCGUUGUAGGUAUUAUCACCCGUCAUGUGGAUAUUUGAUUCAUCUGUUUUCGUUUUGGUCAACCUGUCCCUUAUACACUGAGUGUGUGUAUAUAUAUAUAGCACAUGUAUGAAACACGAUUUUUUCUUUUAUAGAUGUUACAACGUUUACAGCAAAAUACUUGGCGACAUGUGUUUUAGUGGUUACAAGGGGUGACGCUACAUUUGUUUGAAUUAGCUUAACAAUUUUAAUAUUACAUUCAAUUUCACAUAAAAAAAAUAACAAAUACUGAUGAUCACAAUUUACAAAAUUAUAAAAUGAUAAUUUUUUGGUUGUGUAUGAAGGUAAUUUUAAAAAGAAUAUUGCAUUCUAAAUUGGUCGAAAAUGGAAUGAAAGCCAAGCGUAUCGAUUAUACCAUCAUGGUUUGAAAUUGUAACAUAUCAACUCUCAAUUAACUAAUAUUUAGUUUCUCUCAUGUUAGUUUCAAUGUUUCUGUUGAGCAUAGGGAGUUAUUAUACUAUCAAACAUACAGAUUACUAGGCUUUAACGCAUUUGAAAUUUGAAUGAGAUCAAGAUCACUUAUACACACAAAUAUAGUAUAAUAACCUCCCUUAUAAAAUGUAUACCGUAAGACUGACGGCUGUAUUAUGUAUGUCAAAUUAUUAAAUUUUUACGUAUAUAUGUAUUUACAAAACUAUUAAGAAUAUCUGUCAGUUGUUUUACUCUGUUUAGUUUAGGUAGGACUAGAUGGCCUUUAUCAUUACCCAUAGCUUUUAUUUUAUGUAUUAAAAAGAAAUAGUUAUGGAUAGGAAAAAUUUAAAAAUGCUAAAAACUGGUAUGUAAUUUCAUACUUGCUGUAACUCGUUAUUUGAUUGAAUUAAAAUAAAAAUAACUUGUUUUAAAUUUGUUGAAACAUGAUUGAGUGACAAAUGGAAACAAUCAUUCAGAUAUCUACAUAAACUUUCAUCAUAACCCUAGAAAGACUAUGCAAAUAGUAAAUAAUGAAAUUAUAUAAUCAGAACAUUUAAUUUGCUGUGGUAGUGAUCUCUUCGACUUUAGUGGAAGCGAAUGUAAUUUUAAUCGACUAUUCAUUCAAAAAUAUAACAUUUGACAGGUAAAAAUAGAGACAUUACCUCACAUUAACGAACGCUCUAAACUUAAUUUAUAGUAAAAUAUUUUUAUACGUAAAUUGGGGAGAUCUUACGUAAGUUUUUUACAGUACAGCAUUAUGAAAAGACCAUGUUUAAAAUGAGUAGUUUAUACAAAUUGUAAUACUGUCUUAUUUUCAAGGUCUCUUACAUACAGUCAAGGUUGAAACUGUCAUUAUUGAAAAUCAUAUACCUAGUUUUAAGUAUCAUUGUUUUAUUUUUCUAUUUGAAAAGUCACGUUAUUGCCGUCCAUAAUUUCAUGCGAAAACAAAUCACUGGAAUCCGACGAACUUCUACCGGCCCGUCCACGUCGCUCGGGAUAUUGUAGUCUCGAUUCUCAUACAAAUAGUAAUAAUUUUUAUGACGUCACUAAGAAAUGUAUUAUUUAGUAAAAGUGACUCAAAAACGACUAAGAACAAAUUAUGAGAUUUAAAAUUUGUAAUCAUAAUUGUUUCAUGCAUAUUGUAACGAAUUAUAUAGCAAAAUUACAAAAAGUAUAUAUAUAUAUCCAUUAAUAAUUAACUCGAAAUAAUCGUAUUACUAAUAAAAACCAACGAUAAACCUAUUUUAACUGUUACAUGUUUUGUCAUCGUCUUUCAGAUUAAGAAUUUACAUUAAAAAUCAUGAUGUAAGCAAUUAGCAGCUUAAAUAUAUUCUUAUUUUUAUGAAUAAUUGCCCAAAAACACUAAAGUCGUCACACGAUUUAAUUUCAUCAUUCUCAUUUCGGCAUAUCUAUUAGUUUAAGGACGUGGGUGCUACAGGCAACUAGAUUGGAUUGAAACACGAGUGUACAUAGUAUUGUUGUAUAUUAUAGAUUAAGAGCCCAUGUGGCAAUAUUCAAGAGUUGUAGAUUUUUUGCUUAAUUGUGUGAUGUUAGUAACACAGUUAAAUUCGUAAACGAAUCUUAGGGUAUGUUUGUUAUUGAGUGUGUUCACAAAGUCGCAUUAUUUGUCGUUUUUGCCAUCAAAUUAUCAAUCUUUAUUUACUUGUACCUAUAGUAUGAAUAAGAUCAGAAUGUAAUAAAAAUCAUUCCAGUAGAUUUUUUUUUAUAAUUUAUAUAUAUAUAUAUAUAUAUAGUAAUUAAUAAAUUUUAUUUAUUUAUUGUUCACUAUUAAUUGUUCAAAACAGACGAUAAUGUGACUGCCAAAAUUCAAAAGUAUUUAUAGGUGUCAACAAGAAUAAUUAAUUAUAAUAAAUUAAUAUGAUUAAAUCAUAUUAUUAAUUUUAUCUAACCUUAGACAUAAUUGUCACUCCAUUUUUCUCAAUAAUUUGACGACAAUUUCUUUUACAUAUAAUGACGUUUUCUGCUAUAAAAUUUCAAAAUGUACCGUUAUAUAUAUCAUACAAUGUAAUUUAUGAUUUGCAAAAUCGUAAUUAAAAUGUAGGCCUAAUAGAUAAUCUAUUUACAAAUUUUACUUUUAUUAAUUUGAUGAUAGCAAUAAAAUUAUAUAAGUACACAGUUUAAGACACUAAAAAUUGUUUAUUGGUAUUUUUUCAAUAAAACGAAGACUUCUUGUAAUCAUAUCUUCAACUUUAUUAUAUGGAGCAAUGAUACUCAUAGUAACCAGAUUUCAUAUAGGUAAUAAUUGUUAUUUGUCAAAAUUUAGUUAUUAAGUUAACAACAAAAGGACUGCAGUUUAUUUAUUUUACUAACCACAACAAUGUUAAAUCUUAAAAAUAUAAAUAGUAUUUGCGUGAAUUCACAAAUAUAUUAGCUAUUAGAUGAUUUUCAUCAUUCUUAAAUUAGCCAUCAAACACUAUUUGAUUAUGUAUUUAGUUUAGCGUCAUAAAGUGAUUGUUUAUAGGCCAUAUUUUUUUGUUCCAAACAUACAAUGUACAAUGGUGAUAGUCAACUCACUCUAAUGUAUUUUUAUAAACAAUACUGCAAUAUUUAAUGUGGAGCCGGAUUACGAUCAUUCUAAUAUUGGGGAAUAAUAUGUAAUCUGCAUAGAUUGCAUAUACAUAUAUAAUUGCGUAUAUAUUGGUGUAUUAGAGUCAUUAUUGUUUAAAAUUGGUUAUUUUAUUUUCGAGGACAAAUGAAAUGCAUAUAAUUUUUAUAUAAAAAUAUAUAAGGCUUCAAUA